CCUCGGUCGUGUACGGUGAUGCCACCACCGAUUUGAUGUGUAAGGCUGCCCCCGAGGAUUCGGCCUUGAAAUUUUCUUGGGGUGUGGCAAUCACAUUCCACCCGACCGAAACCCGGUUCCUCUCUGAACCUGUCCCUGUCUACUUACCAUCGACGUCGUGGCCAGACCAUUCUGGUUUUCAGCAAGGAGGAGGUGGAGGAGGAGGAUUCAGAUUGGUUUACAUGUCAUGAUGAUGCGUUGGCGCCACACCCGAAUUUGAGAGAGACAGACUCGGACGAGCAAGGUGAGAGAGUACGAGUCGCGCUUACAAGUAUAAGAAGGUGGUAGAGAACCUCAUUCCUUCAACAUUCUCAACGCACCAAAUCCAUUCUCUCUGUUCCAGUGUCACUCGUUGUCCAACUCACCCCCAGUCAAUCGUUCACACUUCUACUCUCGUACAUCUUCCUCGCGGACCUUUGGUUUGUCACUUUCAUACACACACUCACACACGCGCACGUCCAACCACGAAAAAUGAAGUUGCUCAGUGUCAUCAUCACAUCUAUCGCUCUGGCAUCCACCACCAUCGCUGCACCAGGAGGAUGGACUCAAUGGCAGGGAGGGGCAGGUGGUGGCAGGUCUGGAAAUAACAACAACGGAAACAACAAUUGUCUCUCUCAGAACGACGCCAAUGACAUUGUCAACAAGUUCAUCAGUGUCCUCAACCACCCCGACAUCAACGCAUCCAAUGCGACCGCUCAAGCCUUGAUAGCCGACGGUUUCUUUGAAAAGAGUGACUCUAUCAAUAUGCUCGCAGGUCAUCCGGCCGGCUCGGAAUCAUUCAAAGGCAAGGCACAGUACAUCCAAGGUGUGUUGCUCACCCCGUCCAUCACCGGCAUCAACACCAACAUGGUCCUCCCGGCCGGUUGCGACAAGGUGGUCUGGCACUGGACCUUUACCGGCAUCGGCACCAGACAACUCCCCGUCAACGGCAUCAACAUCUUCGAGAUCACCGCCAAGAAACAGAUCGCAGACAUGUACGUCGAGUUCGACAACAUCGCCUGGGGCAUCGACACGGGAAUCACCGUCUACAGUCGCAACGGGACCAAGUUGCCCUUGGCUUGAAGGUCCGUGGCCUAUCAGUGACUAUCCCAAACCCCGACCAUCACGACCGGGGGGGGGGG